AUGACUGAGAACUCCACACCUGCCCCUGCAUCCAAGCCCAAGAAGACCAAGGUCUCUAAGAAGUCCACAGACCACCUCAAGUAUUCGGACAUGAUCAUGGCUGCUAUCCAAGCUGAGAAGAACACUGCUGGCUCCUCACACCAGUCCAUCCAGAAGUACAUCAAGAGCCACUACAAGGUGGGUGAUAACGCUGACUUCCAGAUCAAGUUGUCCAUCAAGCGCCUGGUGACCACCGGGGUCCUCAAGCAAACCAAAGAGGUGGGUGCCUCUGGGUCCUUCCAGCUUGCCAAGAGCGAUGAGCCAAAGAGGGCAGUGACCUUCAAGAAGACCAAGAAGGAGGUCAAGAAGGUGACCAUGCCAAAGAAGGCAGUCAAGCCCAAGAAGGCUGCCUCCAAAUCUCCAAGAAAGAAUCCUAAAGCCACCUCAGUCAAGAAGGCCAAGAAGAAGGUGGCUGCCACACCCAAGAAAGCAAAAAAAAUCCAAGGUUGUCAAGGCCAACCCAGUCAAAGCAUUCAAGCCUAA